AUGGCGGACAACUGCGGGACUGACAGAGACUACUGGAGGCGCUUCCCCCCUGAGCUGGCCCAACAGCCCCCCAACAGCCACCUGUCCGUGCUGCUAGGCUGGGCGGCGUCGCCGGAGGAGAUCCGGGAGCGCUUCGCCCCCUUUGGCGCGCUCCAGCACGUCUGGGUCGUGUGGGAUACGCAGGCGAAAGAGCCCUUGGAUGUGGUCUACCUCAAGUACGCCCGCGCCUCGCAGGCCUUGCGGGCCAAGGAGAAGAUGCACGGCCAGUACUUCUCCCUAGGCGCUACCAGGCCCAUGAAGGUGUUUCUGACACUAAGCAAAGUUUCUAGAAGCCCUGAAGAUAUUGGUACUGGAAUAUAUGUCAAUGUGCCAAAGUCCUUUACAGAGGAGAACCUGAAGGAUGCAUUUAAGAUCUAUGGAGACAUUGAUUUAUGCAUUAUGCAACAGAAAGAAAAUAAAUAUGUGGCUUACAUAAGGUUUUUAAGGCCUUCCCAAGCUGCCUUGGCAAUAGAAGAGUGUGACCAAAAUUAUAACGCUGUUUGGGCUGAUGUUAAAACUGCCACCCCUGAAUCCUCUGAACACAGAUCCAGUGUGAAAUGUCCAACACCAGAAAAAAAGAGUAAUAAUGUAGAAAGGAGCAACUCUAAUCCUUUGGGUUACAACAAACCUUUUUCAGACCCUGUGUCCAAGGCGCAUGAUUCCCACGAACACAUACCCUAUAUGAGUGGUGAGAAACAGGAAACAAACAGUCGCAGAAUACAAGGAAGCAACUUGAUUACUUUAGAAGAACUGCCAGACCUUGCAAGCUUGGAAAGAAGCCACGAAUCUCUCUCUAGACGCUUAUCAGUGGUAUCAGAAUUUCCAUUUCUUCAUGAGCAACUAUUCAACCUCUUUGAUCUUGUCCCAGGAUUGGAAUCUUGUGAAGUCCAUCGAGGUCUUUGCAGUAACCGUGCAUAUGCAGUGAUUCAGUACAGUACUAUUGCAUCAGCUAUAUAUGCCAAACACAAACUACAUGGAUUUGAAUAUCCUUUUGGGAACUGGCUGCUUGUCACUUUCAUUGAAGAUAGAAAGGAUGGAAAUGAUCUUCUCAAACCACAAACAGCACAGGAGAUGACUUCGCCACUGACAUCAACAAAAUGGAGUAGUAGUUUGGCUCUUCAGGUUCUGGACUCCUCUCAGUCCAGUAAUCCUCCACCUCAGCUCCAAACAGAUGCUGAGCUUCCUUCCAGCAAAAGGAAAGCUCCACCUGAUUCUUCCGUGCGGGAGAGGCUCUUCAUAGUGUUCAAUCCCCAUCCCUUACCUCAAGACAUACUGGAUGAUGUAUUAAGUCGGUAUGGAAAUUUUAUAAACAUUUACCUUUUACCUGGGGAAAAUGUGGGUUACGCCAUGUUUGCAGACAGAGCAAGUGCUAGCGAUGCUAUAGCUGGGUUGCAUGGCAAGACUGUGAAUGGUGUUAGGUUGAAGGUCAUUCUGGCAGAUUUACCCACAGGCAACUCCAAUAAACAUCAAAGAACAUUCUGACCAAGUGGAGCAGAAAAGGCCAGCAGGACCAUUCUCUAUUUUGUGCCUCUUUCUACAGAACAGAGAAGAACAGCAAGACAAUUCUUUAUC